AUGCGCUUUCACUACGGGUCGGGGCAACUUGUGCAGCGCCUACGGUUGGCAGCUCGCGGUUGGCGCAAGCUAUCGUUCAUCUUGACUGUCACCCAUUUGAGCCAUUCACAUAUACAACGUACACCAGUCCUUAGACCAUUCCAUUACUUCUUUCAUGUUUACGCUCGAGAACGAGCUUUUCGAAGGAAGGAAGGUGUCGGGAUGCAGCGAUGGCCACUUGGCAUUAACUGCUGGCCAGAGGGCCCAAAACUCAGGAAAACCCCCUCGCUGGUGCCACCUGGCUUGUUCAGCGCAAAAAUUCUCCAAACCCUACUAGAAAAAUUCUCAACAUACAAAGAGAAACUCGAGUUGACUGGUUCCGAGGAUGAGAACUAUGAGGACUGCCUUAGUGCGAGGGAAUAUGAAGCAGCCAGAGCAAAUCUAACAAAAAAGAAGUUGAAAAAGACUAAUGAAAUGAUCUUCAUGCUAGGUGUAAGACUUACUGAAGCCAAAAGUCAAAUGGAAAAACCUGCUCGAAAAUUGGGACACAAAAUUCCUACGACAGUGGAAAAUCGAUCCCUCACCCCUAGUAAAGUGAAGCGGGUACAGGUCGGUGGGCCGUAA